GGAGCCGCGGCAUCACACAGUGUUGUAGUAUUGGACGUGUAGACGUACUGCCCUCGUUGUAAGUAGGAUAAAUGGUAAUGCCACCAGACAUGGCGGUGUCCAUGCGGCAUACAAAACUGAAGGCCGAGGAGGCGGCUCUCAUUGCUGGAGAACUGACUAAGCCCUCAUGGGAGUCCAGAAAUGAGGGUAUUCACGAGAGAGUCAGCUUUGAAGAUACCAUUUGGGGUUUUGAUUUGGCUGGAGGGAUAUAUUACAGAACACCGCUUAGAGUUACUUUUGUGAAGCCAAACAGCCGAGCAGAAAAGGCUGGCAUCAAGCCGGGAGACAGGCUACUCCGCAUCAACGACAUAGACACCUCGACCCUCACGAUCCAGCAGGCGCACGAUCUCAUUGUCGAAUCAGGAAUUCACCUCAAGCUAGCUGUGACCUCGCCAGAUGAUUUAGAAGAUGCCUACUACUACUACGAGGAUCCUAUUGUGGAAGAUUACGAUAGCGAAGAAGAAAGGCUCAGAGAAGAAGAGAAGGCAAGGAAGAGACAGGUGCACGCUAGAGUUAGUUCAUACUGGAGUCUUCAGUGGCCCUGGGUCAGCAAGCGAAAGAUCAUCUACCGAGAAUCGAACUGUUAUUUGGUGCCCAGCAAAUAUGAGGAGAAACAUAGAGACAAAUUCCCACCUCAACCGAUGCAAAGAUUCCAAGAUGAUAUAGUCCUUCACAGCGCAAAAGACACGUCCAAAAACAGAGUCCGUGGUGAGAAGCUAAUGGAAGAAAAAAAUGAGCUUUCAACUGAACCAAACACAAAGCUCACUAAUGGUGUUACUAAUGGUCAUGAAGAAGAAGAAGAAGACAAUAAUACUGCAAUAAAUGAGGAUGAUAGCCAAGAAGAUUUAUCACUUAAGAGCUCAGGUUCUGAUACCAUUCAAAAUGAUGAAAUCAUUAAUGAUAAUGUUGUUAAUGAAGAUGAAAAUGAACCGAUUUCCCAAGAAUCAGAAACAAGUGACAAGCUUAACGAUAAAGAAGAGGAAGAAGAAGAAAUAGUUAACAGAGAAGAAACUGAUGCAAUGGAUGUCUUAGAAGAAUCCAGUAACGGUUUUGAAGAUUUAUCUCAAGAGAUGAUUAAAGAUAAUGAUUUACUUAAAGCAGAAGAUGACAAUAACAUUAUCGAUAGUAUAUUAAGUGAUAACGGCCAGAACAUGGAGAAUUUGGAAGCCAUGAAUGAAAGAUAAAUUUAAGAGCUACAAAAUAACUUAAACAACAUUAAUCUCGAAAGUAAAAAGAUUCCAAAAAUACUUCCUAAUUAGUACUUAGGAAAUAGUAAGGAACGUAAUCGAUGGUCUCCAAUAAUAUAAGCAAUAUCUGGGGUCAAACUCAACAUAGUUUAUAUCAACAUCGUAUAUCAAUAUCGUUCUUCUGAUGUAGCAAAAAGUUCAUUUUAGAGUUAUGACGUUGGUCAGAGAAAUUAAUACCUACAAACAUUUUGUACUAUAUUCUAAAGAAGCCUGUGCUUUUUGGUAAAAGUAUUAAAUUCUAUGUGGAGAAUAGUGAUAAUAUGAUGUAACUGGUAAGCAAUAUUGUUUUGUACUCGCUUUGUUUGAGACUUUGUUCAGAUUUGUCGAGUAGACAUGAUAGAAAUAUUUUAGUGGUUAAACUCUGCAAGUAGCUUAU